CAUAACAAGCCAUUCAUCACAGUAUAACAGAAAGGAGAGCGACCAUGUAUUAAUUCUAUUCAACAAGUUACGUUAAUUUAUGAGUUAUGUCAUCAGAUUCAGAGUCAGAAUGUCAAGAAGAACAGCUGUCAUUGGCAGAACUGUCAAAAUGGAAAGAUCCGGAAUUAAAGGAUUGGUUGGAAAAGCGAAAUUUAAAGAAAUCAGGUUUAAAGGAUACAUUAGUCAAACGUGUAUAUAGGGCAAUGUCAAAUGGGGACUCAGACUUUUCAGAAGAAGAAAGUUUUCCAGUUAUUCCAAUUGAUUUAGUUUCAAAUCCAUGGAAACCACUAGACUUUACUGAUAUUCCAGAAAUAUCCAUUAAAGAUGUUGACAGCUAUUUCAUGUACCACAAAAAUCCCACAACUGGGGAGAGUACCAAUUUUGAAAGGCAAAUGAAAAAGGCAAAAAGAUUGUGCAACGAAGGAUUCAUAAGAGACAUUGAAUAUAAUCCUAUUAAUCAAGGAUCAGAACAUAAUUAUUUUAGGAGUAAAUGUAUGCCUUCUAUGAGACAAAUUGUACAAGUCGGAGACACUGGAAAUACUGCAAAGUACUAUUCACUGCAUAUAAGUACCAUCAAAGUCACUGGCCUAAUUGUUAGUGCUUUUUGUAACUGUAAAGCAGGGGGAGCAGGGCUAUGUGCACACGUAGGUGCACUUCUGUACACACUUGUUAAGACAAAAGAUGCAUGUACAUCUAAUGCAUGUGGAUGGGAUAGACCUAGGCCACUACAAAGAAAACCAAGUCCAAAACGAGUGUGUGACAUUAAAUUUGUUAAAACUGAAAAAGAACAAAAAGCUGAAAAAAUAAAACCAUACCCUGGAGUAUAUCAAGCUGGACCUUGUAGAGAAGAAGGCAAUUUAUUCUUGCAUGAUAUAUUAGAUGGACUAAAGGAUGUGUACCCCGAGUGUGUACUUUAUCAGACUUUGCGGCCAGAACAUGCAAACAUUGAUACAUUUUUAGAUCUAUUUCAAACCAAUUUAACUUAUAUGGAUAAUGUUAUUAUCAAAUCAGCAGAAUGUUUAAACGUAUUUGAAGCGUUUGUUAACAGCUUGAUGGUCACUUCCAAGAUUAGUGAGAAUUUAGAGAAAGCUACAAGGGGUCAGCAUUUUAAUGUAAAUUGGAAGAAGGCCAGAAGUGUAUUAAUUACAGCUUCAGUAAUGGGGGAAGUUGUCAAGCGAAAAAAAUUUGAGCCUGAUAACUUGGUGAAAAAAUUGUGUGAGUACAUUACGAUACCAGAUGCAGUGAAAAGUCUUCAAUAUGGGCGCAAAAAUGAAGCUGUUGCAAUUGGGGAUUAUACAGGUCACACUUGA